ACGCCGUUUUAUUGUUAGUCUCCUUUCGUCCGUCGUACUCCCUACUCUACGCUGGCUCGAUCUCUUCGCAGCAACCCCCGGUUUUUUCAGACUCUCAGUCGGAAUCGAAUUCCAUCGUCUCAGAUUUCCCCAAACGCCCUGAUUCCGAACGGACCAAUUCCAAAGUGAUCCGAAUUCCCUGUUUUUGGGCGUUGCUAAAACCGGCCGCCGUCGCAAUUUUCAACGCUAUUCCGGAAUUACCCCUGCGCCGUCGAAGAAGACCUUGAUUUCUUCCCAUUAUUGAAUCCCUAACGUCGUCGUUUCUCCGGUACAAUCCUCAAUUUCGAUCGCAAUGUCGCAGGAGGAGAUUGCGACGGAAGCGAUAAAGCAUGCUCUGAAGGCUCUGCGGAGGCGGCAUUUGGUGGAAGAAGGUGCUCAUGCUCCAGCUAUCAUCGCUCUUUCGAAGCCAAUUCUUCAUCAGGGCUCAGAAUGGAAGGAGAAAGCGGAGAAUCUGGAAAUGGAACUGCAGCAGUGUUACAAAGCUCAAUCGCGGUUGUCCGAGCAACUCGUGGUGGAAGUAGCAGAGUGCAGAGCUUCAAAAGCUUCACUUCAAGAGAAAGAAGCUGCAGUGGCUGAUCUUCAGAAGGAGUUAACUGAAAAAAGGGAUGAAUGCUCUCAGUUAGCGGCUGACUUGGAAGAGAAGAUUAAAGCUUUAGAAUUGGUUGUGAAUGAGAACAAGGAAAUAAGAGCACAGCUAGAAGCAAUGUCUAUUAGAGCUAGGAACGCUGAGACUGAAAGUAAGGUGUUAAUUGACCGCUGGAUGUUGGAAAAGAUGAAGGAUGCAGAACGCCUUAAUGAGGCAAAUGCACUCUAUGAAGAUAUGAUUGAGCGGCUCAGGGCCAGUGGUUUAGAAAAACUUGCUAGGCAGCAGGUAGAUGGUGUUGUCCGCCAAAGUGAAGAAGGUGCUGAGUACUAUGUGGAGUCAACCAUUCCCUCUGCAUGCAAGAAUAGGAUCCCUGCCCAUGAAGGAGGUUGUGCAUCCAUAUUAUUUGAGUACAAUUCUGGCAGAUUGAUUACUGGUGGACAGGAUGGGUCCAUUAAAAUGUGGGAUACAAAUAAUGGGUCACUAACUCAUACACUUCACGGUUGCAUUGGUUCUGUUCUGGACCUCACGAUUACCCAUGACAAUAAAUCUAUCAUUGCAGCAAGCAGCUCAAACAAAUUGUAUGCCUGGGAUGUUAGCUCAGGGAGGGUUCGCCACACGCUCACUGGCCACGUGGAUAAAGUGUGUGCUGUAGAUGUCAGCAAAUUCUCAAGUCGUCAUGUUGUGAGUGCAGCUUAUGAUCGUACCAUAAAAGUUUGGGAUUUGCAGAAAGGUUACUGCACCAAUACAAUCAUGCACCCAAAAAAUUGCAAUGCUUUGUCAUUUAGCAUGGAUGGACAGACCAUAUGUUCAGGCCAUGUUGAUGGAAAUCUUCGUUUGUGGGAUAUUGAGAAAGGAAAGCUACUCAGUGAAGUAGCUGCACAUUCAAAUGCUGUGACAUCUAUAUCUUUGUCCCGAGAUGGCAAUGUUAUACUGACCAGUGGAAGAGACAAUGUGCAUAAUUUGUUUGAUAUGCGGUCUCUGGAAGUCCGCCGUACAUUAAGAGCCACUGGAAACAGAGUAGCGUCGAAUUGGAGCCGAUCCUGUAUCAGUCCAGAUGACAAUUACGUUGCUGCUGGAUCUGCUGACGGUUCUGUGUAUAUUUGGUCAAUAUCGAAAGCUGACAUUGUGAGCACUCUGAAGGAGCACACUGCAUCUGUCCUGUGUUGUUCAUGGAGCGGGCAUGGAAAACCUCUAGCUUCUGCGGACAAGAACGGAAUCAUCUGUACUUGGACGUGACGGAUUUGGCCGAUUCCCUUUGUUCUUGUUUCCACAAGACACACGUAUACAUAAUGUACACAAGUUCGAUUAGAUUUGGUGUAAAUAAUGAUUCAACUCGAAUUGUAGCGUGCCUGCAUUCGUCUAUACUUCUCAUCCAAAUAUUUUGACUAAAUUUUAUUCAUUGCUUUGGCUAUUGUUGAUUCCUUGUAUUUUCUUAACUAUCAUAUAUUGUUACGUUGUUACAGAAUACGGAGAAAAUUUGGCUUAGCAUGUUAACCAUAACGCCAACUUGUUUGGGAUGCUUUUAAGAAUGGUUAAAAACGCUUUCAGACUACAUUACAUCGUUUCAUAGAAAUUUUGAAAGUGAAUGUUUGAUCGUAAAGGGCAUUUUUUAGUUCAUUCUAGAGAAGCACCUACUUCAGGCUCUUUGGGCAGUGUAGAAAGCACUUUUGUUCACAAGUGCUUAUGCUAAAAGUGAUUCAUGAAGAAGCAUUUAAAAGUGCUUCUUCAAAAAGUAAAAAUGGGCCAAAUAGCAUUUGUCAAUCGGCCCAGCAAAGACACUAGGAGAGUAGCAUCAGUGGCUCUGUCUCUCUCUCUCUCUCUCUCUCUCUCUCUAUCGCUCACCUGAAACCUAAAACGGAGAUUUGUAAGCAGAAAAGGAGAAGGCGAAGAAGAUGGUGAAGGUGGCAACCUACUUCGCUAUGACUUUGGGAGCUUUUGUGUUCUGGCAAUCCAUGGAUAAAGUCCACGUCUGGAUCGCUCUGCAUCAGGACGAAAAGAAUUCGAUCGAAUUUCAGCACCACAAGCUCAGAAUUGAGAUGGGUUCUCAUUGAACUGUUCAAUUAUGGCGGAAAAUCCGAUUUUUAGGAAAUUGGCAUGAAACUUUGUGGUUAGGUUAGAGGGAAUGCAAUGUUUGGUUGCAGGGAAUUGGGGAACAUAAUUGAACUCGGAAUUUCGCUGUAUUUGUUGUUGCUAUGCUAUAUUAUUAUGAUAAAGUGGACUCCUGUGUAGAAUUCAACCUUCCCAAGAAAGACUCGAAAGGGAAAUGGAGAUUAAGAGAGUGAGAGAAGAGAUGCUGCGGGAGCAGGCCAAAUUAAGGGAGACUCAAGCAUGAGCGACUCGGAUUGAUCUUCUUGUACGUUUGUAUUCCAUUGUUUCCCCUACUUCUGAUUUUGUCUGAGCAUUGCUCUCUUGAACACAAUCACAAUUCUAGAAUAAUUUUACUUGGCAUUCACAGAAUAGCUAAGGUCUGUCUUAUGGCUUACUUUAUAUAAAGCUUUCGAAAAUUA